CCCGUUCUAUGGAACCGAUACUGAUGCUCCGCGUGAUAGCCACAGGAUGCAAGCACGACCCGAGACGGCCGGUCCGUGCAUUUUCUCCGUCGCUAUCUACCCGUGAUCGUUCCGGGUCGCUUCCGAGCUCCAUUACUGCAGCGACAAGUCUAAUUAACCCCUGCACCAAACAUGACGCGGCGCUAUAUAUUGUGCGGUGCCUCCACUAGACCUUCGCGUACUCCACGCAAGCAAGCGCGCGCGCGCGCGCACACACACACACAGAGAGAUUCCAGCAAGGCGGCAAGCCGAGCUUGGCGUGCGCCACCAUGGACGCGACGGCUAGCGGCGGCGGCGAUCAGAAUGGGACUGGCAGAGACGCCGGGGAGAAGAAGGAUGCGGCGGCGGCGGCCAAGAAGGUGUCGCUGCUCGGCAUGUUCCGGUACGCCGACCGCCUGGACGUGCUGCUGAUGGUGGUCGGGGCGGCGGGGGCGGUGGCCAACGGCGUGGCGGAGCCCCUCAUGACCAUCCUCUUCGGCAACGUCAUCGACUCCUUCGGCGACAGCACCGCGCAGAGCAUCAUCCGCAGCGUCAGCAAGGUUGUUCUGAACUUCAUAUAUUUGGGCAUCGGAGCAGCAGUUGCCUCCUUCCUUCAGGUCUCGUGCUGGACGAUGGCUGGAGAAAGGCAGUCAGCCCGCAUCCGUUCUUUAUACCUCAACGCUGUCCUGAGACAAGAUAUUGCAUUCUUCGAUACGGAGCUGACAACGGGCCAAGCAGUUUCCAGGAUGUCCAGCGAUACCAUCGUGAUUCAGGACGCUCUUGGCGAGAAGGCGGGAAAGCUUCUACAGCUCGCAUCUGCCUUUUUUGGGGGUUUUGUAAUAGCAUUCACAAGAGGCUGGCUCCUCACUCUUGUCAUGCUAACAUCACUACCGCUAAUUGCUAUUGCCGGUGCAGUUUCUGCACAGUUUCUAACCAGGGUUUCUAGCAAGAAACUGACAUCUUAUGGGGAUGCUGGGGACACAGUUGAACAGACAAUCGGAGCUAUACGCACAGUAGUUUCGUUCAAUGGUGAGAAAAAAGCUGUUGCAAUGUACAAAAAUUUGAUCAAGAAGGCAUACAAGACUGAUAUUUUGGAAGGCCUCAUCAAUGGUUUUGGCAUGGGAUCUGUCUUCUGCAUUUUGUUCAGCAGCUAUGGCCUAGCUUUCUGGUAUGGUGGAAAACUAAUCGUUGACAAAGGCUAUACUGGAGGGAAGAUUAUCACAGUUUUGUUUGCUGUGUUAACUGGUGCUACUUCUUUAGGUAAUGCAACACCCUCUUUAUCUGCGAUUGCCGAGGGUCAGUCUGCAGCAUACAGAUUGUUUGAAACCAUUGAAAGGAAACCAGAGAUAGAUUCAGGUGAUACCAGCGGCAUGGUCUUAGAAGAUAUCAAGGGUGAUGUCGAGCUAAAAGAUGUCCACUUUCGCUACCCUUCAAGACCUGAUCAAUUGAUAUUAGAUGGAUUGUCAUUACAAGUGGCCAGUGGGACAACAAUGGCCAUAGUUGGAGAGAGUGGAAGUGGCAAGUCAACUGUUAUCAGCCUAGUUGAACGAUUCUAUGAUCCACAGGCUGGUGAAGUUCUGAUAGACGGCAUUAACAUCAAGAACAUUAGGCUCAGUUGGAUAAGAGAGAAGAUCGGUCUGGUCAGCCAAGAACCAGUGCUCUUUAUGACCUCCAUUAAAGAUAACAUCAUGUACGGUAAAGAAGAUGCGACACUUGAAGAGAUCAAGAGAGCAGCUGAGCUUGCAAAUGCAGCAAACUUCAUCGACAAGUUGCCGAAUGGCUAUGAUACAUUGGUUGGGCAACGUGGCGCACAGCUUUCUGGAGGACAGAAACAAAGAAUUGCAAUAGCAAGAGCCAUCCUUAAAGAUCCAAAAAUACUUUUGCUUGAUGAAGCAACAAGUGCAUUGGAUGUGGAAUCUGAGCGGAUAGUUCAGGAGGCACUGAAUAGGAUAAUGGUGGAAAGGACCACACUUGUUGUUGCUCAUCGUUUGAGUACUGUAAGGAAUGUUGACUGCAUAACAGUUGUUCGUCAAGGGAAAAUAGUUGAACAAGGCCCUCAUGAUGCACUGGUGAAGGAUCCUAAUGGGGCUUACUCCCAGCUUAUUAGGCUACAAGAGAGUCAUGCCGAUGAAAGGCGUAAACAAGCAGACUCUGGGCUACCAGAUUCCAGAUCAAAAAGCACCAGUUUGUCACUUAGACGGUCAAUGAAUAAAGAUUCUUUUGGUAAUAGCAACAGAUAUUCCUUCAAGAACUCCUUAGGAUUGUCAGCUGAAUUACAUGAAGAUAGGAUCACAGGUGGACAGAAAACAGAAGAGCUCUCUGAUGUUGUGGCACAUAAGAAAGCAUCAAUAGGACGUCUCUUCAAGCUAAACACACCAGAAGUGCCAGUUCUUCUGUUAGGCUCUAUAGCAGCAGCGGUACAUGGAGUCAUUUUCCCAUUGUUUGGUAUAUUAAUGUCUGGUGUUAUAAAAUCAUUCUAUGAACCACCAGAUAAGCUGAAAAAGGAUACUAGCUUUUGGGCUCUUAUAUCUGUUGUUAUGGGGGUUGCAAGUUUGAUUUCAAUCCCAGCAGAAUAUUCUUUGUUUGCGAUUGCUGGUGGCAAGCUUAUAGAGCGUAUCCGUACUUUGUCAUUUCAAAGCAUUGUGCACCAAGAAGUUGGUUGGUUUGACCAUGCCUCGAAUUCAAGUGGGGCGCUUGGUACAAAGCUCUCAGUUGAUGCCUUAAAUGUCCGGCGCUUAGCAGGAGAUAAUUUGGCCCUUAUAGUGCAGUCCAUAGCUUCAUUAACAACUGGAUUUGUUAUAGCCUUUGCUGCAGACUGGAGACUUGCACUGAUCAUCACAUGUGUGAUUCCUUUGGUAGGCGCGCAAGGUUAUGCUCAAGUAAAGUUCUUGAAGGGGUUUAAUGAAGAUGCAAAGGAGAUGUAUGAAAAUGCAAGUCAAGUUGCAACUGAUGCUGUUGGUAGUAUCAGAACUGUAGCAUCUUUCUGUGCUGAGAAAAGUGUGGUCGCAACAUACAAUGAGAAAUGUGAAGCUCUACGGAAACAGGGAAUUCGAAGUGGAAUUGUUGGAGGGCUUGGUUAUGGCUUUUCAUUCUUAAUUUUGUAUCUCACAUAUGGUCUUUGUUUCUAUGUUGGUGCACAGUUUGUACGUCAGGGAAAAACUACUUUUCCAGAUGUUUUUAAGGUUUUCUUCGCCUUAGUUUUGGCAUCUAUUGGGGUUUCACAGGCUAGUGCACUGGCUUCUGAUGCAACAAAGGCAAGGGAUUCUGCUAUAUCCAUUUUCAGUAUUUUGGAUAGGAAGUCAAAAAUCGACUCAAGUAGCAAUGAUGGGAUGGCACUGGAUAAUGUCACUGGCAACAUUGAUUUCAACAAUGUCAGUUUCAAGUACCCGCAACGCCCUGAUGUCCAGAUAUUCAGUGACUUUACCUUGCACAUUCCUUCUGGAAAGACAGCAGCACUUGUUGGAGAGAGUGGUAGUGGCAAGUCCACCAUAAUUGCUUUACUGGAGCGUUUCUAUGAUCCUGAUUCUGGUGGAAUCUCACUAGAUGGUGUUGAAAUUAAAAGCCUAAAAGUUAGGUGGCUAAGGGAUCAAAUGGGGCUGGUAGGCCAGGAGCCAGUGCUUUUCAAUGACACAAUCCGUGCCAACAUAACGUAUGGGAAACAUGGUGAGGUAACAGAGGAAGAGGUUAUGGCUGUGGCCAAGGCAGCCAAUGCCCAUGAGUUCAUAUCAGGCUUGCCACAAGGAUAUGACACCGUGGUGGGUGAGAAAGGAAUUCAGCUAUCUGGUGGGCAGAAACAACGGGUAGCUAUUGCAAGGGCCAUAAUCAAGGAUCCUAAGAUACUACUUCUUGAUGAAGCCACCAGCGCCCUGGAUGCUGAAUCUGAGCGCAUCGUUCAAGAUGCAUUGGACCGAGUCAUGGUUAGCCGCACCACCAUUGUGGUGGCACACCGCCUCUCCACGAUCAAAGGGGCUGAUAUGAUUGCGGUCCUAAAGGAAGGGAAGAUUGUAGAGAAGGGAAGGCAUGAAGCCCUGAUGCGCAUCAAGGGUGGAGCCUACGCUUCAUUAGUAGAGCUCCGCUCGAAAUCUUAAUAGAAUGAUGUAUCUUUAUUUGAUUUGUGCAUUUGUACAAGACUUACAAGUACUGUUUGGUCAUAGAGUCUGAUUGUUCGUUAUUUUAGAAGUUAAAGUAAGAAGUUUGAGCUCA